AUGGGUCGGCGAGGGGCGGGGCGGGGUCUGGGUCGGGGGCGUGGUCCCCGGCGGGCCGCUCACUUCCGCCGGACGCGCGGCUGGGGGCGGAUGGAGGCGGCGCGGAGGCCGCGGUCGGGGCUGCGCAGCCGGAGGCCGUCCUCGGGGGCCGGCGGCCGCGGGGGGCCCCUCCCGGGGGAUGGCGGCGAGUGCGCGCGGCCGUGGGCGGAGCUGCUGCGAGCUGGGAGCGCGGAUCUGAGCCCCGACGGAGAGCUGCCGUCGCUGCCCGCCUUCCCCGGCCCGGAGCCCGGCCGGGGUCCCGAGCGCACCGCGCCCCCCGAGGUGUUCACCGUGGGAGCCCGGACCUUUUCCUGGACGCCCUUCCCACAGGCCCCGAGGGGAGGCGGGGACCCAGGCCGUUCCUACCGGGUGCUGCUUGGGGCCCGGGGACGCUCGGGGUCCCCUGCCCGGUCCCCGCAGCGACGCCCCGCGCCUCAGCCCCGCGGGAUCCCCGGUCCCCAGGAGCAGCUGUGGGAGGCGACCCUGCGGAGCUGCCCCAUGUGCCAGGCCAACUUCGCCCCCAGUCUGACCCCACUGGACAUUGAUGGCCACCUUGCUCAGUGCCUGGCGGAAAGCACGGAAGACGUGGCGUGGUGA